ACACACACACACACACACACACACACAAAUAUAUACACACACACUAUCUCUCUCACACACUCUCCCUCCGUAUUUGUAAACGAUGGACUUGACCUGUGGUCCACCAACUGUGGUGGUUUCUGAUCACAGUCUGCAAAGCUGGCAGUUGAUUGGUUCUGGUGGAUUUGGCCAAAUCUACAAGGCCAGACACAAACAAUUAGGGAUGGAUGUGGCUAAACUUUUGCACCAUGGCAACGGCUCUCCGACCCUCCUGUUAAGAGAGGCAGACCUCAUGCAGCAGGGGAACAGUCCUCACGUGCUGAGGGUUAUGGGGGUGUUUCAGGGCUGUCCUCCCUCCAGCUCCUCCACCCAGCUGGGUGUGGUCAUGGAGUUCAUGGAGAGGGGAUCCCUGGCGGACCUCCAGGAUAAGCUCUCUCGCCCCCCACCUUGGCCCCUGGUCUUCCGUAUAGCCCACCAGAUCGCCCUCGGCAUGAACUUCCUCCACCACCUCCACAAACCUCUGCUGCACUUGGACCUGAAGCCCAGCAACGUGCUGCUGGAUGACAGCCUCAAAGUCAAGGCAACAGAUUUUGGCUUGGCGAAGGUGUACCACAGUGUUUCCAAGGAGACCAAAAAUAACGAUUGGGAGGAGGGGGGUACAAUUAAUUAUAUGCCCCCUGAGGCUUUCAAAUUGUCCUAUAAACCCACCAAAGCAUCCGACAUAUACAGCUAUGGUGUCCUUCUGUGGUCCAUUAUCACUGGUGAACAGCCAUAUCCUAACGCCAUGCGCAGUGUGGUGAGGUUUCGCAUCCCACAGGGGGACAGGCCCUGCCUAAAGACGAUCGACCCAAAACAGGCACCAGGGCUGGGGAAUCUGGUGGACCUCAUGAAGACGUGCUGGGUCACCGACCCUCUGAAAAGACCCCCAGUUCCUGGAUUCUUUAGUAGGAAUCCAGAAUUUGUCUUAAUGACACGUGACAUGUGUGAUAUGCAGCAUGUCACCUUGUUUUGUAACUACUGUUCCUUCCUUUGUCCUGUGUUGUGUUCAGAUUGUCUGGUUGUGACGGAGGGUCUAUUUGAACAGCACAAGCAGGGGAUCAGCAGGGCCGUCCUUCAAGUGCAGAACGAGCUGGCCUCGCCUAAUAAGAUAGAACAAAUUGUCGCUGAUCUCCAACUUUCUGACCCCCCAAAGCCACCAGGAAGCCCCAAACCUUCACACCACGUGAAGACUGGACCCCCCCCGAAACAGGAAACAGCCGGUGGUUUGACCUCAAAAGAGCGAAACAACAGACAGCUCUACCACGACUGGCAGCAGCGUCAACCAAUCAAAUCCUCGCCUGCAGCUCCCGCCCCCUUUGCAGCCAAUCGUGAACCAUCCCCGCAGCCAUGUGUGUCCAAUCCUGUGCAGGUGACACCCUACACAGGCAGAAAGCAAGCCCACCCCUUCCUCAAGACAGACCAAAGCACACCUCAGUACCACAGAUGGAAUUCAACUCCUGAAGAGGUGCCCAGGACAGGUGGUGCGUCUGGGAUUAUCACCAUGAGCAAUGUGAAUGGGGUACAGAUCGGCAACAACAACGUCAUGAACAUAUCCCACCGAGCUGCCCCUGGCGUUCAGCGUCAGAGACAAAGGCACCGAAACCCCACAGCGCCCUCUAGUGUUCACCUCCCGCCAGAGCAGCCUGCACACUCCAAGGACCGGCCUUGAAGACCCUUCCUGCUUCACCUUCUUUUGUGAUUCUUUGAUUCUUCGAUUUUCUCAUUUCCCCCCCCCCUCCCCCCUCUCACCCCCCCUCUCCCCCCCCCCCCCCCCCCCCACGUGCGGUGUCAUCGUCAGCUCGGCAACCGGAGCGUGCUGACAAAUCGGUUGUGACAGUGUGCAGAGCGGUCGCCACGGGGACCUGGCACGGCACACCCCGGGCACUCGCCAACGCUCCAUCUGCUACCGGACGCUCCCUGUCGCAGAACGAACACUUUACCCAGAAUCCUCCUCACGCUCUCUCGGGACUCUCAGAAGAGAACGGCAGGUGGAAUGGAAGACACACCACAGUGUUUUGUUUUUGUAAUUUUGUUUUGUUUGUUUUAUUUUGUUGUUGAGCAUUCGUUUUAAGCGUUACAUGCAUAAAAGCUAAACUGUCAGUCUACGAAACAUGGAAUAUGCAAGCAGUGAUUUGAAUAAACAUUGUCUGUCUCUA